GAAGCCAGAGACAUGGAGUGGCAAGUGUGCAAUCAGGAAGCAGGCAGGCCUCAGGGGUGAGACAGUGGACCGUCGGCCUGUGGGGGUGCAGGGCAUUGCCUGCUGUGGGCGUGGCCACAAGCAGGCCUGGUGACCUGAACUCCCCUGGGCUUCCCCCCUGAGCUCCAGGACUUUGCAGAAAGAGGCUGGGUCUGGAUUUGGACAGGCUGAGUGGGAGGCAUCUGAGGGGAGAGUGGCAAUUGGGUGGCUCAGCCUUUCCUGGGACCAUAGGAGAGAGCUGGGCCAGGCCUGGCCCUUCAUCUCCCUACUCCAAGGCAGCAGCUUGGGUGAUGGGGCUGCCUCCCUUCUCCCACGGACAGUAACAGGUAUCACCCAGGCGACCCUCUGGGCCUUGAGAGCAGGAAGAUGAGUGGCACGGGCAUCCCAUUCUCAGUGGCAGCAGGGCAAAGUCCAAGCAGGUUGAGUGGCAGGUCCCCAGGCCAGCCAGUCACUGGGGUGUGGAUCCAGGAGUACCCAGCUCCAAAGGCUCCAGGUCAGAAUCCGCUAGACUGCCUCACCCAGGACCCAGGCAGCCUUCCUGGUCUGGGACCCACCUCUUGUCAGGGCCCCUCUCCCCCAGUGCCCUUUACCACCUUCAUGCUGAUGACUCCCAGUUUUCUUCUGACCCAGUUGUGCCUGCCACGUCCAUUGCUUCGUUUAUGCAGGCAGUAUUGGCUGUCUUCCCUGUGCCAGACACGUGAAUCCCAGUGUCUCUCUCUGAGCCCAGCUGAUGCCUCACUGCACUCGUCACCACCCCCUUUCUCUUAGGCAAGCCCAGGUGUUUGUCCUCUGGGCCUUCCCAGGACUGAACCCGGAGCCCAUCUCAUGUUAGUUCCCCCCCCUUUAGGUCUCCUUCUCUGAACUCCCACCUGCCAUGCAGAAUUGCUUGUUUGCUUGUCUGGAAAUACCUGGGAGGCCCCCUCUACCCCCAGGACUUGGAGCUCCAGAAUCAGGGUGCCAGCCCUUUGUGAAUGAAGGCUCUGUCCAUGUUGGGGUUCAGGGAGGUGGUGGCGCCUGACUUGGAGCUUGUGCCAGCCAGGUGAGAAUAGUGGGAAAGAGGCCCAGCACAGAGGGCCCUGGACACACCUGGCAGAACAUAUGUAGUGGCGGUGUGUCCUGAGAGUCCCCUGGGUUGUCCUGUAUGUUUAUCUUGCAGGCACUUUUUCCCCAGGCCCUCAGGCUGAGGGUUCAGCUGUCAGGUCAGCUGCUGCGUGGCACCCAUCCCAGCCCACAGCAGGGCCACACUGCAAGGCCAAUGUCGAAUGAAUUAGGGAAUUUCAUUGUUGAAGAGCUUUGUAAAUGUCAAAGUAGAAUUUAAAAGAAAACAUUCUUAAAAUGAAAUCUCAGACUUGGUGAACAGUAAACAAACAGAAAAAACUGGUCUUAUAUCUUCAAGCCUUAUUUUUCCCCCUGUCAGAAAUUACAAGCACACCAUGCUGAUCCCCGCCUCCGUGUUAGUCUCUAUAAGACCUGGCCAAGCACUCCAUCUCGCGGGUCAGAUCUCUGUUGGGGCUCAGGGAGGCAUACCUCCUCGCAGCUCCCUGGGCGACCCACAGAAACCAGAAUCUCGGGUUGGCCAGACACCUGACCACACAUUUCACUGGCAGUGCUAAUUUUAUGCUGUCACCGGGAGCCCCUGCAGCUUGUGGGGUAGCUGACCACAGGCUCUCAUCAGGCAUAUCUGCCCUUCCCGCCUGAGUCCACUCCCAGGCUCCAAACGGAGAACCAGGGCGCUCUGAGAAAGGUGCUCCCAUCCAGAGAAACCGGCCUGAGACUGGCAGGGCCCCACCCACCAGCGCUUGACCUGUCAUGAUGACACGCCAGAGUCCGGACCUUGCCUGCCGGUCUUCCAUCAGAAUCAGGGCGCAUGUCCUUCCUGGAAGUUCAGCUGCCUAGCGACCACCAAUCAGUGGCCUCCCGGGCUCUGUAGCGUCGCCACGAGGGACACCACCAGGCACGCUCCGGGGUCAGAGGAGACCCCACCCUUUCCGACACUUCGCCUUUGAAUGGAUCUUCUCCAUUUGGAAAAUCAGGAUCUGAUCUGCAGACGCGCCCAGAAUCCUGCCAUGGCUCGCCAUCACCCUCAGCACCGGAGCCCGAGUCCUCGCGCCACGUUCCUCCACGCGAAACGAUUCAGUACGCCUCCAACUCUGCUCCGCCCAGUGACGCGCCCCGCCUAGGCCCCGCCCACAGGAUUCCGACGCCUAACUAGAACCAAUGAACAGCGAGGAGGUGGAACCCACUGCUCAGCGAGCCGUAGACCGCGGACCAGGAGCCAAAGGGAGGGGGCGGGACAUGUGGUCCUGACAGCCAAUGGACGAGCAGAGGGGCGGGGCUCGGGGCGGGCGGUGGCAAGAUGGCGGCGGCCGUUGCGGCGCCCGAGCUGCGGUGCGUGGGCUUCGUGGGCGCAGGCCGCAUGGCGGAGGCCAUCGCUCAGGGCCUCAUCCGAGCAGGAAAAGUGGAAGCACAGCAUGUGCUGGCCAGUGCACCAAGUGACAGGAACCUCUGCCACUUCCGGGCUCUGGGCUGCCGGACCACCCAUUCCAACCAGGAAGUGCUGCGUAGCUGCUCGCUUGUCUUCCUGGCCACCAAGCCCCACAUCCUGCCCACUGUCCUGGCAGAGGUGGCUCCUGUGGUCACCUCUGAGCACACCUUGGUGUCUGUGGUUGCUGGGGUGUCUCUGAGCACCCUAGAGGAGCUGCUGCCCCCGACUGCACGGGUGCUGCGGGUCUCGCCCAACCUGCCUUGCUUGGUCCAGGAGGGGGCCAUGGUGAUGGCGCGGGGCCGCCAUGCUGGGAGGAACGAUGCCGAGCUCCUGCAGACUCUGCUGGAGGCCUGCGGGCAGUGUGAGGAGGUGCCCGAGGCCCAAGUGGACAUCCACACCGGCCUCAGCGGCAGUGGCGUGGCCUUCGUGUGUGCCUUCUCUGAGGCCCUGGCUGAAGGCGCCAUCAAGAUGGGCAUGCCCAGUGGCCUGGCCCACCGCAUCGCUGCCCAGACCCUGCUGGGGACGGCCAAGAUGCUGCUGCAGAAGGGGCAGCACCCGGCCCAGCUGCGGACUGAUGUGUGCACGCCAGGUGGCACCACCAUCUACGGGCUGCACGCUCUGGAGCAGGGCGGUCUUCGGGCAGCCGCCAUGAGUGCUGUGGAGGCCGCCACUUGCCGGGCCAAGGAGCUCAGCAGGAAGUAGGGCGCAGGCACAGGCCUCAGACCAUCGCCCCUACUGCCCAGAAUGGCUCUGCUACCCCGUCCCUCCCUCCCUGCCCCUUCCCAAGGACUGUGGUUCUCUGACCCACAGGAGCCUCACCGACUGCACCCUGCCUCCCGCUUGGGGAAGUUUAAGAGGAUAUGACUCGAGCAGAUCCCCUCACCAGUGAGAAUUGCCCUCCCCUCCGCAGGCAGGAGGCAGCGUGGUGGUGAUGGCCCACUGUAAGGGUGACGUGGCUUCUGAGGGUCUGAGCACUGGCAGUGCUGGUCAGGUGCCCCCCAUGGCUGGCCAGUUGGUUGAGGGUGUGAACAGAGCCCCUGGCAUGAGAUCAGCCUGUGGGCCCUUCUGAGAGCUGUGUGACUGACUGCAGCCAGGUCGGGGAGCACGGGGACAUAUGGAAUCUGCACAGGAGACCUCCUCCCCCUCAGUGAAGCCACCAUGUCUGUCCUGUCCCUGGGUUGGCCUGUGGCGGCGGUGGUGGGUGGGGUGCUGUGUGCUCUUCCAGCUGAGGGUCUGCACCCGGUCCUUCCCCCCAGGGAGCCCCAUGAGCAGAUGGCUCCAGGCAGCUGCGGGCUGAUCUAGAUUUGGGAGGAUAGGCUUUGGCCAACUGAGACUAUACACUGGGCUCCAGCUGGGUGUGGGCUCCUCUUCCAGACCCUGAGCUCCUGGCAAGUGGCAGGUAGAGCUGGCCCUGGGGAUCCUUCCUGGUCACGAGUCCUGGAGAGUCCUGUGGCCUGGCCUCUGAUGCAGGACCUGGCUCUCCGGCACGUCCCUGACAGACCAACAGGCCGGGAACUGGGGCCUUUGGGUAGGGGGUGGGCCAGCUGCAGCUCUGUCCUGACCAUCCCAGGCUCCCUAGAGGCCGCCCCACCUCACGCAGGCCUCAGAGGCUGGAGCUCCCCUGGCUUCCGCCCAGUGGCUGAGGCUGCACCGGCAUGAGGUGAAGGGAGGCCUGGCUAUCGGUCACGCUCUGCCGCCUACCAGCUGAGGCUCUAGGGAAUGAAUCUGCUGCCUGUCAGACAGGGCUGAGGCACCAAAUGGUGGCCUCCCAUUGCGCUCCCACUCGUUCCCCGAUAACCUACAGCCCCAUGCCCUCCCUGCCCACCCUCUUCGGCCUUGACUUGGUUCGCCCCUGACCCUGCCACUUGCUAGAAGGGUCAGACUGAGUCCAUUUCCACACCUUUCUUGAUCUGUGAAAUGGCAAUAAAGUCACUGUUCUGUGUAGCA